AUGUCAGGUGAUAUUCGUACAGAGGAUAACAAAUCAUCGCUAAGUCAUCGUGCCCAACAGAAGUUCAAUGGUGGCAAGUAUGAAGAAGCUGUGGACGCACUUGAGAAGCUUGUGGAAGAAAUUGAUCCUCGUCAGGACUUUAAAGUUCGUCACAAUGUAGCCCUCGCUCGGUUCGCUGCAGGUUUGGACACACCUGAAAAAUUGCAGCUUGCAUUGAAGCAAAAUCUCCGGACGCAGCUGCAGGAGUACGAGAAAAACACUAAAUUUGUUUCAGUUGGUGCAGGAGACGCUGUGAAUGGUGAAAAUGGUGGUACUGCCGUAGCGAUGAACAGCGGAUCCUUUUCUAUUGAACGGGAGAUGGCCUACCUCCGGUACAACUAUGCAGCUGCUUUAUUCUUGUUGAAGCAGUACGCACAGGCCAGCUCAGUGUUAGAAGCGAUGAUGCGCAAUAUAGACCCUAUCGAUGAAAAUGUGGCGAUGCACGCUAGUUUCUUGUAUUUAGACGUCAUCUUGCACAGUAGCAGAGGUUGCGUGACCACAGAGAUGGAACGUAUGAAGACGAUUAAGAAAGCGCAGAACAUUUUGGCGUUUUUAGAAAAACCACAUCGGUUUAAUACAGUACAUGAACCACCAGAUAAUUUGGUGCAGCGUGACGCCGAUGGCAAUGUAAUGGAGACAGAGGCACAAAAGAAGAGUCGGUGGGAUGUGACAGAGUUUCGUUUUCGACUGCAUCUGUAUCGUGCCAAGUUUAUGUUGCUACAGAGUAACCUAAAGACAGCGAAGAAGGAGGUUAAGUCUGCGCUGGAAAUCCUUCAAAAGGAGAUCAAGACACAUGAUAGGGGAAAUGCAGCUGCAACAUCGUCAUCUACGCUUGGUAUGGAAUCAGAAAAAACGAGUGCGGCUAUUGGACACCCGUGCCUUGCGGUACAGAACUCCACGGCGCUGUUUUUGAAGGCAAACCUGGAAUAUUUAAAGAAGAACUACAAGAAAUGUAUCAAGCUUCUUGCAUCGUGUACGCAGGAGGCUGUGAGUGCGAGUGUUGUGUUGAAUAAUAUGGGCUGCAUCCACUUUCAAAUGGGGUACCGAAAGGCGGCACAAUCUUACUUUGCAAGAGCACUGCAAGCUACGACAAAGGACACGAAGAUGGACGCGGUUGUCAUUUCAAGUUCUUCCCACCAUGAAAUCAUGUAUAAUAAUGGACUGCAUCUGUUGCUGCAAGGGGAAUACGCACUGGCGUUCCGGUGCUUCCACGAGUCGUCGCGGCUGUUCUUUAAUCGUCCCAAGCUGUGGCUCCGCCUUGGAGAAUGCUGUACUGCGGCAUUUGCGAAGGAGCAGAAGCUCGCUGUCAUCGCCGGAAACAAAAGUGGUUUGAUUCAGGGAAUUGUGGGCACUGGCUCACACCGACGUGUUCUGCUUCCCACCAGCCUGCCAUCUGCGGCAUCGCAAAACAUUCAGCUUCCUGAGAAAAACUGCAUUGAUAAUGGUAAUCGUGCGGCAUCUCCAGAUGCUGAUGAUGAGGAUGGUUCGCCGACAAUGAGUCUUCCCUUCGGUGCAAAGUGCUUCAAGAACGUAAUAUUGCUCUGCAACCAACUGUUGGAUUUUAGAAACGUGAACGGAAAUGUUGGCACUGCAGCAGUCAUUCCUAAUGGAGCCGAUAGCGAAGCCCUUGACACAAAGGCUCUUGAUGUGUUGCGUCAGAAGGCUCUCAUCAACUUGUCAUAUGUCUAUCUGUCGAUGUACGAGCCCCAGCUUGCAAUCACAAGCGCCAAGGAGUUGUUAGCUUUGCCGACCUGCUCCAAGGCAAAUUGCUUUUUAGCGCGGUCAUAUACUGCGGAGGCUCUAUGCAUGCUGUCUCGAGCAUCUGAAGCAACCAAGGUAUUGCAGUCUGAGCGAGAUUUGAUUGAUAUGGCCGAAGAGUAUGCACGUGAAGCCAAGCUUCAGUUGUCACGAGCCCGAGCUGGUGUUCAUGUGAACACCGCAACUACACUUCUGCUACAGGGACGCAACCCGGAAGCAGAGGAAAGCGUAACGCGUGCGGUGCGGGAAAACCCAAAUUGUCGUGAGUCGCUUGAGCUAUUAGUUUAUGUGCUGUUGAAAAAGGGCGACACGAAGAAAGCACUUCGCGUGCUGAAGGAGGCUCAGGUGGUGCAAUAA